UGGUAAAUGCGAGUAUCGCAUUUGGUUCUAGUUUGCCAGAGCCACUGGUGCCUAUGGUGUUGUGAAACGGUGAUUGAAGAUGCCAGUUGCGAAACGACCACUGGCCUGAGCGCGCCGUUGGAUAAACACUUCAAGCGACCAUCAUAAGAAAAACCAUGCUGGUACCAGGAAUAAUACAAUUAAACAAUCCUUAAUCACCAACAACAAGGCUCAUUAUCUAAUUGGAAUUCUACUUUAUCGCUUAUCAACGAGUAAUUGAUACCAAACAAAUAUAUCGGCAAGACAAAUAAUAAAGACACCCAUUCUGUAUCAAUGUAUCUAGACAUACUUAAUGUGAAAUCAAACAUUGCAACAGUGACAGACGGUCGUGCUGGAGUGUUGUUUAUAAACAAUGGACGUAAUAUAGUUUAAAUAAUCGGUGAAGUGGAAAACAAUUCGAAAAUGGCGGAAGAAAAGGCUAAACCUGUGGACGUCGAGGAAAAACCUUUGAAUAAGGAUGGGAGCCCACAAUCAUAUAAGGACAAAACAUUUUCACAAAAAAUAGAUUACAUUAGAGACAAUAUAACAGUUGAACCACUAUUAGCUGGUUUGAUUAUUCCCAGUGUUAUUUCAAGGUUUGCGAUGGGAAAUCUUAAUUUGGAUAAAGCAUGCCGUGUGAACCUAGCUUUUGGAGACGAAAUCUGUGAUGCUUUAAUUCAGAAAACAAGUAAAAAUUACACAUUUUAUGAAAAAGAGACACAGCAGUUGAUUUCUUCAAUUGACAUUUGGAAAGGAGUGAUCCAAACAGCGUUGCCAUGUUUAAUUAUUAUGUUUUUGGGAGCAUGGAGCGACAGGACCGGGAAGAGAAAACUGUGUAUAAUGCUGCCAAUUUAUGGUGAAAUCCUUACCUCGCUGAACAACCUGGUCAACGUGUACUUUUUCUACGAGAUUCCUGUACAAGUCACUGUGUUUUUAGAGACAUUAUUCACAGCCAUUACUGGUGGUUGGGUUACCAUGUUCCUAGGGGUCUUCAGUUACAUAAGUGAUAUUACUUCUGAAGAGUCCAGAACGUUUAGAGUCGGCCUGGUCAAUUUUUGUAUGACGGGUGGGCUUCCAAUUGGUAUUGGCCUAAGUGGAUUUUUACUGCAGAAGAUGGGAUACUAUGGGAUAUUCUCGAUGACAACAGGGAUGUUCAUGCUGGUGUUGCUGUAUGGAACUAUAUGCCUGAAGGAACCUGAACAGUGGCUGGCGGAGAGAGGACUGCCUCCGAUCGAAAGGCCUCCUAAGAACAAUGUUUCGUUCUUCGACAUAUCCCAUGUGGUGGAGACAGUGACAGUGGCGCUGCGACCUCGGCCAGAUAACAAAAGGGUCAAGGUCAUCCUCACGCUGUUAAUUGUAUUCGUACUAUUUGGACCUUCCUCGUCGGAGCACACAGUGUUUUAUUUGUUCGUGAGGAACCGUUUGAACUGGGACAUGGUCAAGUAUGGAGUCUUCCUCAGCUAUGCCAUAGUACUACAUUCAUUUGGUGCCAUGUUCUCCAUCGCCGUGCUAAGUAAACGUAUGCAGGUUGACGACUCCAUGCUCUGCCUCAUUUCUGUCGUCAGCAAAUUUGUUGGUUCUAUAUGGACUGCUUUCGUUAGGACAGACAUUGAAAUGUACUUCGUGCCUGUCGUCGAACUACUGAAUGCUACCACGUUCACGUCACUGCGUUCCAUCAUAUCAAAAUUGGUGGAGAAACAGGAAACAGCGAAAGUGAACUCUAUUUUCUCCCUGACGGAGACGAUAGCGUCGCUGGUGUUCCACCCCUUCUACUCCUGGUUGUACAUGAAGACGCUGCACGUGCUGCCCGGGGCGGUAUUCCUCACCAGUGCAGCGAUUGCUGUCCCACCGUCGUUUGUACUUAUAUACUUCUACGUGCAACAUAGGAAACAGUUGAAAGGCUCCAGGAAAAAGGCUCUUGAAGCAGAGGAGAAGAAAGAAUCCAAGGAGUUGGAAGCCAAAAAGUUUGAUCCACUACAAUUUAUAGCCGCCAAUGAAAAGGAAGAACUGGGAAAAACAAUUUAAUUUUAAAAUAAAUGUAAGAUUCUCUCAAUAAAAGUAUUUUAAGGAAUAAAUUAGA